GCUCUGGGGCGGUCACACAUCGAUUGGCUUCCUAGAUAAUAGAUCCUGCCACCGGUAGGGACCCCUGGGGAGGCGCAGAGAGCUGGAAGAGUCGCACGCAGCAGCCCAACCCUGAGUUAAUCAAACUAGCAACAGGAUCUCAAGCGGCAGCGACGGCGGUGGCAAGAGUAGCAGCAGCGGCGGCGGCGGCAUUAUGCGUGGUUACUGACAGGCACCAGCUGCUGCCGCCACAGCCGGCUCCGACGCACUAUGUGGACUCUCAGAUCGAGAGGCAGAUUCCUGACUAAUCCCAGAGGGCUGGGCCAGCCCCAGCUCCCCCGGCUGCGAGGAAGCGAUGACCACUCUUGUUAGCCCAAGUUGAAGGGAGCCCGGCCGCGCCUGGGAGCCGGGAGAGGCCGUGCUAUUUAGAAGACGCAUGAGAACGGACUAUGAACUGAAGAGUAAACAUGUAUGGCAAUUAUUCUCACUUCAUGAAGUUUCCCACAGGCUUUGGCGGCUCCCCCGGCCACUCUGGCUCCACGUCCAUGAGCCCAUCGGCAGCCUUGUCCACAGGGAAACCAAUGGACAGCCACUCCAGCUACACGGACACCCCAGUGAGUGCCCCACGGACUCUGAGUGCAGUGGGGACCCCCCUUAAUGCCCUGGGUUCUCCAUAUCGAGUCAUCACUUCUGCCAUGGGCCCACCCUCAGGAACGCUGGCAGCCCCUCCGGGAAUCAAUUUGGUUGCUCCACCCAGCUCUCAGCUAAAUGUGGUCAACAGUGUCAGCAUUUCAGAGGACAUCAAGCCUUUGCCAGGGCUUCCUGGGAUUGGAAACAUGAACUACCCGUCCACCAGCCCUGGAUCUCUGGUUAAACACAUCUGUGCCAUCUGUGGGGACAGAUCCUCAGGAAAGCACUAUGGUGUGUACAGCUGUGAAGGCUGCAAAGGGUUCUUCAAGAGAACCAUAAGGAAAGACCUCAUCUACACGUGUCGGGAUAAUAAAGACUGCCUCAUUGACAAGCGUCAGCGCAACCGCUGCCAGUACUGUCGCUAUCAGAAGUGCCUUGUCAUGGGCAUGAAGAGGGAAGCUGUGCAAGAAGAAAGGCAGAGGAGCCGUGAGCGUGCCGAGAGUGAGGCGGAAUGUGCCAGUAGUGGCCAUGAAGAUAUGCCGGUGGAGAGGAUUCUAGAAGCUGAACUUGCUGUUGAACCAAAGACGGAAUCCUAUGGUGACAUGAACAUGGAGAACUCAACGAAUGACCCCGUCACCAACAUAUGCCAUGCUGCUGAUAAGCAGCUUUUCACUCUCGUUGAAUGGGCCAAGCGCAUUCCCCACUUCUCUGACCUCACCUUGGAGGACCAGGUCAUUCUGCUCCGGGCAGGGUGGAAUGAAUUGCUGAUUGCCUCCUUCUCCCACCGCUCAGUUUCCGUGCAGGAUGGCAUCCUUCUGGCCACGGGUUUACACGUCCACAGGAGCAGUGCCCACAGUGCUGGGGUUGGCUCCAUCUUUGACAGAGUUCUGACUGAGCUGGUCUCCAAAAUGAAAGACAUGCAGAUGGAUAAGUCUGAGCUGGGGUGUCUGCGAGCCAUCGUGCUGUUUAACCCAGAUGCCAAGGGUCUGUCCAACCCCUCUGAGGUAGAGACUCUGCGAGAGAAGGUUUAUGCCACCCUCGAGGCCUACACCAAGCAGAAGUAUCCGGAACAACCAGGCAGGUUUGCCAAGCUGCUGCUGCGCCUCCCAGCCCUGCGCUCCAUCGGCUUGAAGUGCCUGGAGCAUCUCUUCUUCUUCAAGCUCAUCGGGGACACGCCCAUCGACACCUUCCUCAUGGAGAUGUUGGAGACCCCGCUGCAGAUCCCCUGAGCCCCACCAGCCACAGCCUCCCCACCCAGGAUGGCCCCUGGGCAGGUGUGUGUGGACCCCCACCCUGCACAUGUUCCUCCGCCUCCCACCCUGACCCCCUUCCUGUUCCCAAAACAUGAUGCUUAUAAUAAAGAAACCUUUCUACACGUGA